GACAGCCUGUUUUGUUAUGGAUGAUCUCUGAUAAUCUGCAAAGGAACGUGUUUUCUUUAGCAUCGAAUUAAUUUUCCUCAACAACAUACUCUAGAUUCUCCCUCAGAAGAACCUUCCUUCCUUCGUCAGUUUUGAUUAGCAUCAGGAUUUUGGGAAAUGUAUGUUGUUUAAUGGUACUAUAUGGAACAUUACCAAUAGCAACUCUUAAAGUGUUUGAGACAACAGUGAAUUAUUGUACGCGUAUUUAACAAAUUUAAAUAACAAGUAAAAUUUAUGUUGAAUAUUAGAUUCACACAUCAGCAGUGAAAUCUGGUUGUAGUACUUCAAGAUAUAGUACUUAAUUUGUAACAGACUUAUUCAGUAAUUAUUUGUAAACAAUUCUGUGUUAAAGUUGUCAUUACAGAACAAGACAGGACAGGACAUAAGGCUAAAAUGAAUCCAAAACAUUCUUUAGAAUUUCCUUUGAAAAGUGAAACUGAAGGUGCAUUAUCACUACCUUCCAUAAAUCAAGAAAACAGCAACUUGGCUGCCUUGAGUGGAACCAGUGAUGGAGACAUUAUGUCUCUGGAUUCAUUGAUGGACAUCAAAAUAGAGCCAGAGGAAUUCCAUGAGUCUAAUGAGGAUGAUGAAUUUUCAUAUGAAAUUAAUUCAACAGUGAAUGAAAAACAUUUACAAACUUGCAAAAAGGAAGUAAAACAAGAAAGAAGGAUCCGUGACAAUGGAGAGAAGCCUUUCGUAUCCACUGACUGUGAGAAAGCACUUUACAAGAAAAUUAAUCUUACAAAUGAUAUCACAAAUCCUACCAGAGAGAAAUUCAUAUGCAAUGACUGUGGGAAAGCAUUUUCCUUGAAACAUAUUCUUAUAGUUCAUAUGAGAAUCCAUACCGGAGAGAAGCCAUUCAUAUGCAAGGAAUGUGGGAAAGCAUUUUCCCAGAAAUCAAGUCUUACACUUCAUAUGAGAUUGCAUACUGGAGAGAAGCCAUUUAUGUGUAAAGAAUGUGGGAAAUCAUUUUACCAGAAAUCAGAUCUUACACGUCAUAUGAGAAUCCAUACUGGAGAGAAACCAUUCCUGUGCAAGGAAUGUGGGAAAACAUUUUCUCAGAAAUCAAAACUCACACUUCAUAUGAGAAUCCAUACUGGAGAGAAGCCAUUUAUGUGUAAAGAAUGUGGGAAAGCAUUUCCAAGGAAAGGUGAUCUUACAAUUCAUAUGAGAAUACAUACUGGAGAGAAGCCAUAUAUAUGCAAGGAAUGUGGGAAAGCAUUUUCCCUGAAAGGAAAUCUUACAAAGCAUAUGAGGUUGCAUACUGGAGAGGAAAAAAAUCAAUAUCACUUGCAAAAUCUGCUCAAGAAAACAAGGAAAAUAAAGAAAAAAUACAGAAUAGGGGAUGAACCAGUGAGUGGAAAACUGGCAGAACACCAAGCCCAAGUAAAGGCCCUAGCAGCACAAAUGAGAAACAAACAACAGAAGAUGAAAGCAAAACAGAUAAAUAGGCAGUUUGCUGAAAAUCCAAAGAUUGUAUAUAGAAACAUGAAGAAAAUAACAGUGGAGAAGAACAGCCAGAAACAGCAAAUGCCCCAAAUAAACUUCACCACAGAAAAAGUAACAGAAGUAAAAGAAUAUAGUCAUUUCAAGACCCCAGGAAUAGACUGGCCACAAGUUGAGUUAGACAGGAUGGAUAUAAAAACCAAGAAGAUUCUCACCCUACAUAAAGUCACAUACAGACACAAGUGUAUGGACAGAAUAUACCUCCCUCGCAGAGAAGGUGGAUUAGGCCUGACUGAGAUCAACCAGGCCUACAGAGCAGCAAUAGUAAGUAUAGGGCAGUACUUGAAAAGCUCUGAGGACAAAAACAUCAAAAAGGUUGCCCAACACCAUAAUGGAGUCCUGAGCCAACUAACAUCAAUAACAAAACAGGCUAAGAACUUCACAGGAGAUCUGAUAGAAGGCACAGAGGGAGAACUAGUGUUUGCAUUUGUGCAGAUGAUUUUAAGACCAGGUUAUCUAAAUCUUGUUAUGAUCCAUAUACCAGAUAUAGUAAAUGUAGAGGUCAACAGUGCAAGAAAGAAAUCACUUGUGCUGAAUGAUGAUGGCAGUGAGAGUAUUGUUGACCCUACAACUCAUGCAAGAGUAGUAAAGAAAAAUCAGAAUGAUGUUACUGCUGUGCUCAAAGAAUCAAUCUUAAAUCAUGAAGAGAGAGUUAAACAGAGAGCACUUGAUAGGGAAAAAAUUGAGGUAAAAUUUGGAAAGGAAGCAAGAGAUCCCCUUUAUCAUUUAUUCAUGACCAUGUACACAACAACGACAAAAAUGGCACCAGCCUUACAGCACAAGAUAAAAUGGAAUGUCUUUUGUAUAGUUUCAGACGCUGAAGAAACCUUGCUUGGCAUGUCUCCUUAUCCCCAAAACCAUACCUCCCACUCAUCCUAUGGUCCUACUUGUCGUGCAUAUACACCUACUGAUGCAUCUACAACUGACAUAUCACAGUCUGUCCCUGUGCUUUCAGAACAGUAUCAGGACACAUCCCCUGAUUUUCCACCAAAUUAUUAUAUGAUAAUUGAACACAUUGUCAUUACAGAACAAGACAGGACAGGACAUAAGGCUAAAAUGAAUCCAAAACAUUCUUCAGAAUUUCCUUUGAAAAGUGAAACUGAAGGUGCAUUAUCACUACCUUCCAUAAAUCAAGAAAACAGCAACUUGGCUGCCUUUAGUGGAACCAGUGAUGGAGACUUUUUGUCUCUGGAUUCAUUGAUGGACAUCAAAAUAGAACCAGAGGAAUUCCAUGAGUCUAAUGAAGAUGAUGAAUUUUCAUAUGAAAUGAAUUCAACAGUGAAUAAAAAACAUCUACAAGCUUGCAAAAAGGAAGUAAAACAAGAAAGCAGGAUCCGUGACAAUGGAGAGAAGCCUUUCGUAUCCACUGACUGUGAGAAAGCACUUUACAAGAAAAUUAAUCUUACAAAUGAUAUCACAAAUCCUACCAGAGAGAAAUUCAUAUGCAAUGACUGUGGGAAAGCAUUUUCCUUGAAACGUAAUCUUAUAGCUCAUACGAGAAUCCAUACAGGAGAGAAGCCAUUCAUGUGCAAGGAAUGUGGGAAAGCAUUUUCCCAGAAAUCAAGUCUUACACUUCAUAUGAGAUUGCAUACUGGAGAGAAGCCAUAUAUAUGCAAGGAAUGUGGGAAAUCAUUUUACCAGAAACCGCAUCUUACAAGCCAUAUGAGAUUGCAUACUGGAGAGAAACCAUUCAGAUGCAAGGAAUGUGAUAAAGCAUUUUCCCUGAAAUCAAAUCUUACAGAUCAUAUGAGAUUGCAUACUGGAGAGAAGCCAUUCAUGUGCAAGGAAUGUGAUAAAGCAUUUUCACAUAAAUCAAGUCUUACACUUCAUAUGAUAAGAUUUCAUACUGGAGAGAAGCCAUUCACAUGCAACGAAUGUGGGAAAUCAUUUUCCAAGAAAUCAAAUCUUACACUUCAUAUGAGAUGCCAUACUGGAGAGAAGCCAUUCAUGUGCAAGGAAUGUGGGAAAGCAUUUUCCCAGAAACCGGAUCUUACACGUCAUAUGAGAAUCCAUACUGGAGAGAAGCCAUUUAUGUGUAAAGAAUGUGGGAAAGCAUUUUACCAGAAACCACAUCUUACAAGUCAUAUGAGAUUGCAUACUGGAGAGAAACCAUUCAGAUGCAAGGAAUGUGAUAAAGCAUUUUCCCUGAAAUCAAGUCUUACACUUCAUAUGAGAUUGCAUACUGGAGAGAAGCCAUAUAUAUGCAAGGAAUGUGGGAAAUCAUUUUACCAGAAACCACAUCUUACAAGCCAUAUGAGAUUGCAUACUGGAGAGAAACCAUUCAGAUGCAAGGAAUGUGAUAAAGCAUUUUCCCUGAAAUCAAAUCUUACAGAUCAUAUGAGAUUGCAUACUGGAGAGAAGCCAUUCAUGUGCAAGGAAUGUGAUAAAGCAUUUUCACAUAAAUCAAGUCUUACACUUCAUAUGAUAAGAUUUCAUACUGGAGAGAAGCCAUUCACAUGCAACGAAUGUGGGAAAUCAUUUUCCCAGAAAUCAAAUCUUACACUUCAUAUGAGAUGCCAUACUGGAGAGAAGCCAUUCAUGUGCAAGGAAUGUGGGAAAGCAUUUUCCCAGAAACCGGAUCUUACACGUCAUAUGAGAAUCCAUACUGGAGAGAAGCCAUUUAUGUGUAAAGAAUGUGGGAAAGCAUUUGCGAGGAAAUAUGAUCUUACAAUUCAUAUGAGAAUCCAUACUGGAGAGAAGCCAUAUAUAUGCAAGGAAUGUGGGAAAGCAUUUUCCCUGAAAGGAAAUCUUACACGUCAUAUGAGGUUGCAUACUGGAGAGGAAAAAGAAACAACAUGAUAAAAUAAACCAGUUAAGGCAGAGAUCUCUCAAAUGACCAACUAUAUGACAGAUCAAUAUCACUUACAAAAUCUGCUCAAGAAAACAAGGAAAAUAAAGAAAAAAUACAGAAUAGGGGAUGAACCAGUGAGUGGAAAACUGGCAGAACACCAAGCCCAAGUAAAGGCCCUAGCGGCACAAAUGAGAAACAAACAACAGAAGAUAAAAGCAAAACAGAUAAAUAGACAGUUUGGUGAAAAUCCAAAGAUUGUGUAUAGAAACAUGACAAAAAAACAGUGGAGGUACAAACACCACCGAGCAAGGAAGACCUAGAGAGAUUUUGGAAGCCACUGUUUGAAGACCCUAGACAACACCAAGAGAAUUCAUGGAUUGACACCAUUAGGCAGAAGAACAGCUUGAAACAGCAAAUGCCACCAAUAAGCUUCAUCAUAGAAAAAGUAACAGAGGUAAAAGAAUAUAGUCAUUUCAAGACCCCAGGAAUAGGCAAGAUCUCAAAUUUCUGGCUUAAAAAGAUCCUAGCACUACACCACACUUAAGUAAAAUGAGAAGAAUCACCAGAGUGGCUCACAACAGGAAGAACCAACCUUCUCCCUAAGAGCUCUGAGACUGAGCUCCCUAACAAAUAUAGGGCCAUCUGCUGUCUAUCAACAACUUACAAAUGAGUCACAGGAGUCAUUGCAGAAAUACAAGAAAAUGAGAGAAAAGACAGAGAAAGAAUACAUCAGCUGCUGAAAGAAGAUAUGUAAGUCAGAAUUAACAUCAAACAACAAGAUCACUGCCAUAAACCAGCUGGUAAUACCAUUGGUGACAUAUGGUUUUGGCAUUGUAGACUGACCACAAGGAGAGUUAGACAGGAUGGAUAUUAAAACCAGGAAGAUUCUCACCCUAUGUGGAUUAGGCCUGACUGAGAUCAACCAGGCCUACAGAGCAACAAUAGUAAGUAUAGGGCAGUACUUGAAAAGCUCUGAGGACGAAAACAUCAAAAAGGUUGCCCAACACCAUAAUGGAGCCCUGAGCCAACUAACAUCAAUAACAAAACAGGCUAAAACUUUGCAGGAGAUCUGAUAGAAGACAGAGGGUACUGAACAGAUUCCAGCAAAAACGAUAGCCAGGAAGACCAAGCAGAAAUACAGUCACAGAGAGGAGAGACUUCGAAUGGAAAGGUAGAAAGACAAUGGAAGAGCAGGAAGAUUUCAAGAACUGGAAAAAAGUUUCAUAGACAACAAAGAGUCACUCAGAUGUAUAAGAAAUGGAGAUCUAGGUUAUGAUGGAGAAAGACUGAUAAUAGGAGCACAAGAUCAAGGCUUCCUAACAAAGAGCUUCAAGAAAAUGCCAAGCAUAUUAGCAAAUUAUCCAUGUAGGUUUUUUCAAGAAGUGAUUGAGUGUUAGUCAUCUGAUAUCAGCCUGCAAGGCUGCUUGCAGAUGGUCACUGCACAGCCCACCACAACAAAAUGUGUAAAGUAUACAGAAUUGAAGUGAAAGGAAAAGUGUAGGAGCAUGAACCAGAUCCAGUCACCUCCAAUAAGGCUGUUGCCAUCUUUUAUGACAAGGAAAUUCCAACAGGAAGAUAUAUAUAGAAGGAGGUGCUAUGAGACCUGAUGUUGUGAUCUGGAACAAGGAAUAAACAGCAAAGAUUAUAGAUGUGACAGUACCCAGUGACUUUGGCCUCAAUAGAGCUGAAAGGCAUAAAAUAACAAAAUACCAAGACCUGAAGAAUGACCUGAAAAGCACAUGGGAACUGAAGGAAAUAGAAAAAAAUAUCUUUGGUGAUAGGAGCAACAGGAAUUAUAAAGAAAAAUCUGAGAAAAUAUCUUCAAGGUAUACGAAAUUACCCAGUAUAAAUGAGGUGUAAAUUGCUGCCCUCAAAGCAAUGGUAAACACCGAGAAACUAGCCCAACCAUAGACCCCAGGCUGGGGUCCAUUACACCCCUGAUAUAAAUUGAAAAUUAAGAAUAACUUAAGCGAAAGAGAAACCAUACAGUUGCUCUUUAUGCCAAAGAAGUUUUUCUCAAACAAGUCCUCUCAAAAGACAAGAGAAUUCACACUAGACAGAAACUGUUUACUUGAUCUCUGUCCAAGUAAUUUUUAUGACAUGAUUUUAUUUAACUUUACUCUUGUGUCUGUUUUGAAUAAAGGUGUCUCAAAAGGUGUGAGACAACUCAUGCUAGAAAGAAGUCAUAUCCUGUAUCUGCACUUACUUUCCAAGAAGUCUUUUUUUAUUAGGGUUUUUCAUUAGGUUAAUUUUAGAAUGAAUUUGUUAACUCAGUAGAAAGACGAUGUUGAAACAGUUUUUCUCUGGUAGACUCAUAACAUAUGUGAGCACUCAUGGAGGAUAGAUAUUAUUCUUUUACACUGCAUGUUGUACUUUUGUCUUCUAUUCUGCAAAUCACAGUCAUUGGUUCUGAAUGCCAGACUAUUUUUCAGGUGUCAAAAUGCACAAGCAAAGUCACUCAUAAGCGAGGAUGUCCAGUUGUACUGACAGAUUUGUUAAUGUUUUGCACCCCAAAGUAAGUUACACUUGAUGUGGAGAUAAUUAUUGUGAACUUGUCUGCAAAAUCUAUAAAAAAAGGCAACAGCAACUUAAGGGACGAUAAAACGAAAAACCAUAUUUAUAUUUUUAUGAUCUAAAUCAUGACCAUCAUCAUUGCUGUUACUCAAAGAAGAGAAGAAGAAUCUGGAAGAGGGUCUGAGUGAAAAUGCAGAUGAUGGCUCUUCAUUUGCAGUCUUUAUUAGAAGUCAAGGCAGAGCCAAAGUAUUUUGGCCAGAGUGAAUUUGAUGCAAAAUGGUUGUGUAACCUUUAUGCAAAGGUAAAAUAAAUGACUUUGUUUUUUCUUACAAUUGUGUCAAUGAUCGCUAGGUUAAGAAUUUUCCUUUGCCUUCUCCACUUUUCUUGUUCCUGUGUAUGCUUGAAUAUUUCCAUGAAAUGUUAUUCUUAGGGAAAUAGAAAGGAUUGAUAUCUUCAUUAAACUUCAAUGAAAUUUAGGAGCAGUUUUAUUUGAUUAUUUUUUAUUUAUGUUCUUGGUUUUAAUCUUCUACAAAGAAUGUGCUACAGCAUUUGCAGGUAAAUCCUAAUGCCUUGUAUUCGCUCACUAAAUACUACAUAGGACUGUGUAGUAUUUUGUUUUAGGUUAACCAGUCUGAUGUGU